UAAAUACGUCGACGAAAUAUGAAAAUACGACAAUUAACUUAUGGAAGGAAGGAUGAUAAUUAUUCAUCCGGUCCAGCCUAUGUCCUUGACCAUAACUAAUAAAAAUCAUUAGGAUUUCAAAUGAAAAACCAUUAUCUUAGACUAGUAAACAUGUAAAUUCCCUUAACAAAACUACAACGGUCUAAAAUUAAAUUAUUAUAUUCCUAACUAAAAUCAGAUCUUCAAUUGUUUUCUUCCUGAUUAAAAAUAAGAUACAUACAAGAACCGCAGAUCGCUCAGAAAGUGUUGUUAGAUGCCAUCAACACCAUGUGCAUGGAUCAACCUUCGCCGUGUCGAUAGCUUACACACAAUCGGUUUAACUUUUAUAUAUUCCAUCUAUAGUACUACCAUAUAAUACUUAUAUAUAUAAUGAAAAUUUGUGUGUGAAAACUGAAAACUGAGAGGUGGUGUUACACGUACAAGUGGAUGUGGAUCCUAAAUAUCCAACUUAUAUAUUUAGAAUCUAACUUUUGCGUAAAUAUAAUCUCUAGAACAUUUAAUUUGGCUUCAGAUACUUUUAUAGACCACGAAGACAGAAGGGAAACCAAUCUUCCUCACCCCAAGACAAGAUUCCCUACUUCUUCAUGGCUUCUUGUAGAAAAUAAAAAGAAAAAUUUAUAUAUUUAAGAUGCAAGAGUUAUAAAGUUAAUACAUAUAUAUAUAGUUUAAGAAGUUACUAUACAUGAUGAUUAUUUAAUGAUCUCAUGGAAUACAUUAUCUACAUUAAUUCUAUAAAUUUGCAUAUCACCGAAACAAAAUAUAAUAUCAGGCAUAUAAUAUCCUGGACCUAGUAUUACUUUUUUUCCUAUGAUUUAAUCUGGAAUUUUGACCAACUUCGAAAAUAAAUAAAUGAAAGCCAAUCUUGGUUAAUAUUUUGAAUGAUGUUCAAGUGUCAAACGAUAUAUAUGGACAUAAUUCAUUGUCUGAACACGAAUCUCAUUAUUCUACUAUAAAACUGUAUAAUUAACACAGACAACUCAAAACUAAUAUUGACUCAGUGUACUUCACUUCCUCCUCCAUAAAUAUUAUAUCACCACAUAAACCUCUCUUCUCUCUCUCCAUCUUAAUUAGUCUCUUCUCUCUCAACUCGUCGUAAAAUAAAUCAAAAUGAUCACCGGCAAAGAUAUGUACGACGUACUAGCGGCGAUGGUGCCGCUAUACGUAGCUAUGAUGCUAGCCUAUGGUUCGGUUCGGUGGUGGGGAAUAUUCACACCGAGCCAAUGCUCCGGUAUAAACCGGUUCGUUGCGGUUUUCGCGGUUCCUCUCCUCUCUUUCCAUUUCAUCUCCUCCAAUGAUCCGUAUGCCAUGAACUACCAUUUCCUCGCCGCUGAUUCUCUUCAGAAAGUCGUCAUCCUCGCCGCGCUCUUUCUUUGGCAGGCGUUUAGUCGGAGAGGAAGUCUAGAAUGGAUGAUAACGCUCUUUUCUCUAUCGACACUACCGAACACGUUGGUAAUGGGAAUCCCGUUGCUCCGGGCGAUGUACGGGGACUUCUCCGGUAACCUAAUGGUGCAGGUCGUGGUGCUUCAGAGUAUCAUAUGGUAUACAUUAAUGCUCUUCUUGUUUGAGUUCCGUGGCGCUAAGCUUCUCAUCUCCGAGCAGUUCCCGGAAACGGCCGGUUCCAUCACUUCUUUCCGUGUUGACUCUGAUGUUGUCUCUCUCAAUGGCCGUGAGCCUCUCCAGACUGAUGCGGAGAUAGGUGACGACGGGAAGCUCCACGUGGUUGUCCGGAGAUCAAGCGCCGCCUCAUCUAUGAUCUCAUCGUUCAAUAAAUCUCAUGGUGGAGGACUUAACUCCUCCAUGAUAACGCCGCGAGCUUCAAAUCUGACCGGUGUUGAGAUUUAUUCAGUACAAUCUUCGCGAGGGCCGACGCCGAGAGCUUCGAGCUUUAACCAGACAGAUUUCUACGCUAUGUUUAAUGCAAGCAAAGCUCCGAGCCCUCGUCACGGCUACACCAAUAGCUACGGUGGCGCCGGUUCAGCUCCGGGGGGAGAUGUUUACUCGCUUCAGUCGUCUAAAGGAGUGACGCCAAGAACGUCGAAUUUUGAUGAGGAAGUUUUGAAGACGAAGAAAGGAGCAAGAGGAGGGAAAAACAUUAGUGGUGAAUUAUAUAACAACAAUAAUGUUCCAUCGUACCCUCCACCGAACCCGAUGUUCACGGGGUCAACGAGCGGAGCAAGUGGAGUCAAGAAAAAGGAAAUUGGUGGCGGAGGAGGACAGAAUAAGGAGAUGAACAUGUUCGUGUGGAGUUCUAGUGCUUCUCCGGUGUCUGAAGCCAACGCCAGGAACGCUAUGACAAGGGGUGCCUCCGUCGAUUUAUCCACCGACCCAAAAGCUUCACUUCCUCCUCAAGAAAACCUCGCUUACAAAGCGAUGCAUAGUCUGAUAGAGAACAUGACACCGGGAAGAAAAGGGCAUGUGGAGAUGGAUCAAGACGGUAAUAACGAAGGAAGGUCAGGGGUGAAUUCGUCACCUUACAAUGGGAAGAAAGGUAGUGACGUGGAAGACGGUGGUCCCGGCGGUCCAAGGAAACAGCAGAUGCCGCCGGCGAACGUGAUGACGAGAUUAAUACUGAUAAUGGUUUGGAGAAAACUCAUUCGAAACCCUAACACUUACUCUAGUCUCUUUGGCCUUGCUUGGUCCCUUGUCUCCUACAAAUGGAAUAUAAAGAUGCCAACCAUAGUGAGUGGAUCGAUUGCGAUACUAUCUGAUGCUGGUCUCGGCAUGGCUAUGUUUAGUCUUGGUCUAUUUAUGGCAUUGCAACCAAAGAUAAUAGCAUGCGGAAAAUCAGUGGCAGUCUUCGCGAUGGCCGUAAGGUUCUUGACCGGACCGGCCGUGAUCGCAGCCACCUCAAUUGCAAUUGGUCUUCGUGGCAAUCUCCUCCAUAUCGCUAUCGUUCAGGCUGCUCUUCCUCAAGGAAUUGUUCCUUUUGUUUUCGCCAAGGAAUAUAACGUCCAUCCUGAUAUUCUCAGCACUGCGGUUAUAUUCGGAAUGCUGGUUGCUUUGCCUGUAACAGUGCUAUACUACGUUCUUUUGGGGAUUUAAGUUAUAAUCAAGACGUAAUGGCAAAUUAAAGGUAAUUUUUAAAAAAAUUACUAAGAAAAGAAAGGAGACUAAUUCCAGUUCAGGCUUAGGUGGAUGGACUAUGCAAUGUCGUAUUAAUUAAUUUAUUGCAGAUGAUAUAAUAGAUAUUUUAGUUAGUUUUGUUAUAAUUUAUACGCACAUGCAUGUACGUGACUCUUUGUAAUUUUUAUUA